AAUGACUUUUGCAUUGUUUACAUUAAAUAUCACAUUUCUGACGCAUAUCAACAAAAAGGAAUGCGGUGGUCAAGAUUAGACAAUAAAAAAAUAGUUGACCCGUUCAAGUAUUGAUUUUCUCAGGCUUUUUUCAGUACACAUACAAUGACCAGUAUUUACAUUUCAUUGUUAACAUGUUUACACAGGAUGAUAAAAUUUAUACGUGAGAAUGUAAAUGUGAUGAAGAUACAAACCAAAUAAUCGGUCAUGGCAGCCACAAAGAGUUUUCCAUCAGAGUCCAGAAACUUUAAGCAGUCAAAUGAUUUAAGGCCAGGAUUGAAUGGAUUAGCAGACGGUCCUAUGCUGCCGGAGAGAAUGGGAAUCGGUGAAGGAAUGGAAGAGGAAUUACAGAGAAGAAUGAGGGGGAGAAACAAUAACUUCGAAGAAGAAUUACGGAGUAGAUUUGGACUUAAUAAUAUUGAAGAGGAGUUACGAAGUAGAAUGGGAUUAAGUAACAGGGUCGGACAAGAACUUAAUGGUAAAAUGGCAGGUAAUGGCAGUGCUGGGGAAGGAGACCUACAUAAUAGACUCAGUUUUAAUCGUGGUAUGGAGGAGGAAUUGCGUAGCAGAAUGGAAGCGAGUCAUAGCAUCGAAGAAGAGUUACGAAAGAAAAUUGGAUUCAGUAGUAGUAUUGAAGAGGAACUACGAAGCAGGUUGUUAUAUAAAAAUAGUGGACCAAAUUCACAGGGUGAUAUGUCAUUUUACAAUGCUGUGGAUGAAAUGUGUCGUCAACAAAAUCACCCGCCAAACCAAUCAUUCCAGUCAAAAAAUGGAGAACGGGACGCUGAAGAGGAAACAGAACCAAACAGCGACCAUCUUGAUGAGGUCAUCGAAGCCGUUGCAAGAAAUGAUUUCGACUACAAUCCAGAUGAUAAUUUUAUAAAACCCGAACACAAAAGAAGUUGUAACCAGUUUGAAGACAAUUUUCCUAUUAAACAAGAACCUAUAGACUAUGAUUUAAUGGCAGCAAACUUGACCGCUGGUCUGAUGAAUCCUGACCGGCGUCAUAUGUGUGCACACUGCUGUAAAGGUUUCCGGAGUAGACAACAGUUACUGCAGCAUAGCCUAGUCCAUACGAAUCUUAGAAAAUAUCAUUGUAAUUAUUGUGAACGAUCUUUUAAACAGCUCUCUCAUCUUCAUCAACAUCAUAGAAUUCAUACAGGUGAAAAGCCUUACUCAUGUCCAUUAGAUGGAUGUGACAAAGCCUUCCCACAAUUGUCUAACCUGCAGCAUCAUAUACGUAAUCACGAUAAGUUAGCUGAGAGUCAAUACCAGUGUCACUUGUGUGAUAGGGCCUAUCCUAAUGAAGCUACACUGAAGGCCCAUAACACAAGGAUGCAUGUUCAUUCCAAGUUGAUUUCCGAUCUACAAAAAUCACCACUGUCUCAACAACCAAACCCGUCUGUCUCACCAGAAGAUACUGUCGUCUCUGAUCAGCAGCCACGACAAAGAAAAAGAAAAGCAUCUCGACCACAACAUAUCAAUAAUCGAUCAGCAAUACCAUUUAACCAAUCAGAAAUGGAGAAUCGCAUUUACAAUAAUUAUAUGAACAAUUAUCCAAAAGAGGGUAGACCAGAAGGGUAUGUGUAUAUCUUGGACAGUGAUGAUGACGAAAAUGUCUCGGACAUUCCAUUAAAAAAAUCAGACAUUUCCAGCAAUAAUAAUUGUUACAGCAGCAGUGUAUCUCGUAGUGAUAACUUUUACAUUGCACAGAGGUCACAAGAAAGUCAGUCAAAAAAUUUGUCGUCUGCAGAAGAUGAUGACAAACAUUUUGGUAGAAUUAAUGAUUUAUCAAGUGUUCGCAUGAAUAAUCCUAAUUUUAGGUAUUUAGAUGAAGAUAUCUAUAGAUCACAAAUGUCUGAUGCCAGGAGCCACAGCUUGCCUAAACUGUCCAAUGAUAUGCCUAAAAACAAUGAUCAUGUGACAGAAUCAGCCAAUGAAAUCAUUAGAAACAGCAGCAGUGUUUCAGCAUCAUCCAAUGAAAUGUUUAGAAACAACUCCAGUGAGAUGUUCAGAAACAACCCCAAUGGUUCAAUGUCAUCCACUGAAAUAUUUGGACACAAAAAUCAACAAGCAAUUUCAAGAAAUGGCAGUUUUUUACCUGCUUCAUCUAUAAACCGUCGUGAUAUAGUACCUACAAAUGGAAUAUCUAUAAAUAGGAACCAUUUGUCAACUGCAUCCAAUGAAAUGAAUAGAAAUCGCGAUGGAAGGUCACAUUUGGCCAAUGAAAUGACUAGAAACAGUGGUGAAAGGUCACAAUUAGCCAAUGAAAUGCAGCAUUAUAGUAGUAGCAUGGGGUUAGACUUAUCAAUCAAUAACAAUGAUUUUUCUAGAAUGUACAAUGAAAGAUCUAGAUUACCAAAUAUGUCUUCUGAUAGAAGUUAUGCAAACAACCAUGUUUUAUCCAGAAUCCAAAAUGGUCUAGGUGAUAACCAAAUAAAAAUGGAAGGAAAAGAAAAUCAAAUAUUUACAAAUGGUAUGGUAUCAGAAACUGAUACACAUUUUAUUCAAAUGAUGAACAACAAUUCAAAUGAAUGGCGGAGACGAAAUUUUGUUGGCCAAAACCGAAUAGUAAAUGGUGAAUCAGAAGGAAGUUCUGACGAGUCUGAGGUGGAUAUGGGACAACAGCAGCAUUUUCCGACUCCGAAUUUAGGAGCAGACGUAUAUGAUGACCCAAUGAACUAAGUCAAAAAAAGAUCUGUGUAACUUUUUUAAGUUGUUUAUGUUUAAUGAUUAUAAUUAGUGUUGUGUGUACAAUAUGAGGCUAAAAUCCCAGAAAAAAGGGAUACUGGCCUACAUGUUUUGUUAGUUUAACAGUCGCUUUUAUUUGUUGUUGUUAUGUAAAUAAAUGGAAACAUUGCUUAUGCUUAUCAAUUUUCAUACUUAAGAUUUUGUUUAGAUUAGGCUAAAGAAGAAUACACUUUUGUUUCCUGUCUUUCAACCUUUAUUUGAAUGCCUACCUUUACACUUUAUAUGUACUUUACAAUGGUGUAUCCAGAACUUUUCCUAAAGGGGGGGGGGCUGCUGACUGACCUAAGAGGGGUUCCCCUGCAGUCAUGCUUCAAUGAUUCCCUAUAUAAUCAACCAAAUUUUUCCCACAAAAGGGGUGGCCUGGGCCCCCUGAAUCCGCCUAUGCUUUAUUGUCAGAUUAAGCACCAUUGAAAGUCCAAAAUGUUUUUGGUUAAGCACGGCUUAGGUCAAGAACAUUACACUAUAUAGCCUAUAUGAAAUACUUGUACAAAUAAAAUUAUUUUAGGUACACGUAGAUUUUGUCUAAGAGUCAGGAAACAGGUAUACAUUUUUUGGCCUUGUUUGUUUUAACAAGAUAAACAUUAUCAUAGAUUUUGUUCCAGUGUGUUUCAAUAAAGUGUCUUUUGAAGAUUUUGUUAAGUUUAGCAAUUUUUCUGUAAUCUUGUAUUAGAAAUUUUCCUUUUCUUAAAUUGAACUUCAUAAAAACAUCAAAAUCAGAAGGAAAAAUCUCCAUAAAUUUUAUUUGUAAUUAAA